AUUCACACCACAAAAAAAUCGACGAAGAUAGAGGAGAGCUCUGGUUGCUGCUGCAAAAAUAGCUAAUAGGUAAGAGACACAUUUAUUUUUUUAAUUGUAUUAUUCAAAUGCUAUUAUGAUUGUGUUUAGUUUUAAUUAGUGAGUUUGUUUUUCUGUAGUGAUUUUAGAAGAUUUGAACUAGUCGUUCGGUGGAAAUCGGAGAAAGUAGAGGAUAAUUUGGGCGUCAAAUUUGUUGGUGGUAGUAGUUUUCAGUUGACGGUCCCAUCCAGGGUCACAUAUCACAAACUUUGUGAGAAUCUAAUUCCGAGAAUACGACGUAGAGACGAAGCAGUACAAGAUAGUGAUGUGAUCACAGGUUUUACUUACCGUCUUCCAGAAUGCCAGAAUGGUGUUUUAUUUCAUUAUGCGAUGCCUAUUAUGGAUGAUGAUAGUUUGAAUGUGCUUUGCAAUUUUAUGCCACAAAAUCCUUAUUGUUUGGGUGCUGAGAUACAUGUUGAGCUCAGUGAGGAUCAGGGUGGAGAGGAAGAAGAUGAUACAUGAAGUGUGCCAUCCGAUCAUGACUAUGAUGACGGUGAUGAUGGAGAGGAGGAGGAGGAGGAGGAGGAGGAGGAGGAAGAAGAGGGGGGAGGAGAGCAGCCUAAUUAUCCACCAUAUUUUUACUUGCAGGGUAAUGAAGAGGACGACGAAUUAUCACUUGCCGUUUCAAAUGGCAUAAUUCCAAUGCCUAUUGCUAGUUUUGAAGGAGAAUUCUACAAGGGGCAGAUAUUUCGCUCGAAACAAGAUGCACAGAUGGCGAUUAAAAACCACUCACUACAACGCAACUUUUAAUAUGGCGUGGUGGAGUCGUCACCUUCAAUCUGGAGGUCAGAUGCUUGAGGCACAAGGAUGACAAUUGUCCUUUGAUGGUGCGGUUUUGAUGUCGAGAUGUUGGAGGUGAAUGGACUGUGAGAAAGGCUGAGUUGGUGCAUUCUUGUAGCAGUACGACUCACCGACGGAUCAUCGACAUCUUGAUGUUGACAUGAUAUUUGAGGCCGACUAACAUUUGGUACGUGCUCAACCAAAUCUGAGUGUUCUAACUGUGCAGGCCGAGUUGAAAGAUAAGUUUAAUAUGCAAGUUACUUACAAGAAGGCUUGGUAUGGGAAACAAAGAGCAUUGGAGAAGUUGCAUGGAAAUUGGGAAGAAUCCUACGAUUAUUUGCAAACAUUCUUGCGGGUGGUCAAGAGAAAAUGCCAACAUUGGUGAUUGAUUGGGUAAGAGUUCAUUCGACUCAACCAGGUCAUUCGAUAUUUCAGCGAGUAUUCUGGGCUUAUGGACCUUGUAUAGAUGGAUUCAAGAAUUUUCCAAGUGUCAUGGUUGUUGAUGGAACAUUUCUUACUGGAAAGUAUAAAGGAGUGCUACUCAUGGCGAGCUCAUUCGAUGGCCGGAAUAAGAUUUUUCCAAUUGCAUUUGCCAUAGUGGAGAACGAGAAUACUGAUAGUUGGCCAUGGUUCAUAAGUCACGUUCAGGGUUUGACUGAUCGAAAUGAUGUCUGCAUCAUCUCAGAUAGACAUGCAGGACUCUAUGAAGCCAUGAAUAACAUCGGCAUCACCGUCGAUCGCCAAACCGCACAGUAUCACAACGUCCUCUAACGUGAUCGUGACCUCACCAAACGGUAAAUGGAAGGUCGAGGACUCGGGUCGCCACCGAUCUACGAGCGCAGUAAUCAAACUCGCAUCAGAGUUCAUAGGGACCAGGGACGAAACACUAAACAAACCAGCCACUUCGAGAUAUGGCCGAUAAAGCUCAUGGUACGUCACUAAAUUGGUCGUACCUCGAACAUGGUAAGAUCGAUCACCAGCCUAUAGUGCACAAAACUUAAAUUAAUUCAAUUUCAUUCGUAAUAAUUAUAAUUUCACCUAAUAAAUUCUAAUCUAUCUAAUCUAAUCUCAAAUUAUACUAAUGUAAAAAAUUUGAUACGUAAUCCUAUUCUAAAUUCAGUACAGUUCAGUUCACCAACUAAAAUAAUCUAAUUAGCAAAUUAACUUUACAUGAAUAAUUAUCAAAUACUUACCUUGUUUGCCCAAACUAAGUCGAUACGAUGUUGGCCAUGUCCCCAAAGAAGUACCGGAUCGACCAGCGCUGGAUCAAUUGUCGCGCGGCGGUAGUCUCUUCGAAUAAGGGUCCAUAAGCCUAUGAACUGCAAAAGCAAAGCAACAAAAACAUUAAUUAAAGAAACACUAAACAUUAAUAAAAAAACCCCGCUGUCGGCGAGACCCUCACUGCAAAAACGGACGCCACCUCCAUGACCUGGCCGGCCUCUCCCCCUGCCUCUGCCGGCGACAACUUCUUCUUCGUCGGAUGACAUCUCCGUCGAACUCAGGCGGUGGCGCUUCUGUCAACGGCGGUGGCGCCUGGCUCUUCGGCGGCGACGACUGUGACUGCGCCGGGAUUGCUUGGCGGAGUCUCUGGUUUGAGAGGGGGAAGGAAGAAGAAGAAGAAAAUAAUAUAAGGAAGAGGAUGGCCCGUGGCGCUUUUUAAAAUAAAUUAGAGAGGUGAAGGCGGGGGCGUUGUAGACUGGUUCAAAAGUUUCCAAAGGCGGUCCCACCUGAGUCUCCAGCGGCCCCGCCUCUGACUCUACACAAAAACACAAUAAACAUGUCAAUACUUU